AUGAAGUUCACUUUGAUCACCUCCGCCCUCUUGGCCACCGCCGGCCUGGUUGUUGCCGAUUCCGUCGGAGACAUCGUUUCCAACGCUGAGAGCUUUGCGAAUGGCGUUGCCACGGGUGCCGAAUCUGGCGGCGAGGCAAUUGCUUCCGCUGCCCAGACAUUUGCCAGCGGUGUUGUCUCUGACUCUGAGAGCAUUGCUUCCGACGCCCAGAGCAGGUACUCGACAUUCACCGGCGAUGUGACCACAACCGACUCGGCCGGCUCGACCACUACCGUUCCCUCUACCAUCACCUCCCAAGUCUCUGCCACUGGCAGUCAAGCCUCUGCUACUGGCACCCAAACCUCUGCUACUGGCACCACAACUUCGAACUCGGCCAGCUCUACUGGUACAAACGCUGCUCCCCACCCUACCGGUAUGGGUAUGGCCGCUGCUGGUCUUGCCGGUGUGGUCUACGUCAUGAUCGGUCUAUAA